AGAUUGUACAAUGGCUGUUGUGAUCAAGUGAAACAUUGGAGAUAGUGGUUUGUAACUGUCAGGUUUUCCAAAUAAUAAUAAAUGUUUUAUAUUUCAUUCGAAGUUACAUGUUGUUCAUACCUAGUUUGAUUUCACAUGUAGCAACAAUGCGCAUGUGGCAAUUCAUACGAUAAAUGACUCGCGUUAACAUGGCGUUUGACACGUGAGGAUGCAGGGCAGUGGUUUCGCAUUGUGUGUACCAACAGCUUUGAAAAUAAGACUUCACAUUGGCCCUUCAAAGUGAUAUCAGAAGAAGCUAUUUGAAGAAGAUGCAAGCAGCUUUCGUGCAAACACGCACAGGAAUCGUAGCUAGCAAAUAGCAUGGGUAAUAAAAACAGUUGCUGCGCUUACUCGAGCCCUGCACAAGCUCAUAAGGAUGUGCCACACUUUGAAGCGUAUUCUCCUGAAGGAGAAGAGAGUGUGGGUAAUUUGCAGCACAUUAGUGAACGAGAACCAGAAGACUGUGAUUCAGAUCCUUCCCUCCAUCCAAAAGCAGGCACAAUAUUUAUGGAAAGAUCUAAAGCUUCUUUAGAAAAUGGACUAGUCAGGAAGAAAAGUCAGAAUCAUCUGGUUGACUUGAGGCCGCUGAAGAAAAGUAGCUCCUGCUCGACAAUUUAUCUGGACGACAGCACGGUGUCUCAGCCAAAUCUCAAGAACACUGUGAAGUGUGUUGCUCUAGCCAUUUACUACCACAUCAAAAACCGAACUUCAGACAGACAAAUGUCCAUUUUUGACGAAAAACAGCACCCGUUAACGAGAGACGGUGUGGCGGAUGACUACGACAGUCACAACCCAGAGCAUCGUCAGAUCUAUAAGUUUGUGAGGACGCUUUUCAAUGCCGCACAGCUCACCGCUGAGUGUGCCAUCAUUACGUUAGUGUACUUGGAAAGGCUUCUGACGUACGCCGAGGUCGAUAUCACGCCAGCGACAUGGAAAAGAAUAAUCCUUGGUGCUAUACUGCUGGCCUCGAAAGUGUGGGAUGACCAGGCUGUGUGGAAUGUGGAUUACUGCCAGAUCUUGAAGGAUAUCACAGUAGAAGACAUGAAUGAACUGGAGCGUCAGUUCCUGGAAAUGCUGCAGUUCAACAUCAACGUCCCGUCUAGCGUGUACGCCAAGUACUACUUCGACCUGCGGACCCUGGCCGAGGCCAACGACCUGUCGUUCCCGAGCGAGCCGCUCAGCAAGGACCGCGCCCAGAAGCUGGAGGCCAUGUCGCGAGUGUUUGAGGACAAGAUCACGGCCGAGGCCGUGAGGAGCGGACUCAAGAAGUGGUCCAGCGUGGACAACGUGAGCACGGGUGGACCGCGGCGUAGUGUGGCCAUCCUCUCUUGAGAGGCGGCGUCCUUCCUGCCCUUUCCGGCGGUGAGGCGCUUUCUCUUUCGUCUCAUCUUCAUGGACCUUAGGGAAGUUGAACAAAAAUUAUUUGUAUGCAUUUCCAAGGUUCAAAUUUUACAAAAAAAAAUACUGUAGGGAGGGGAACUGGCUAAAUAGCUUUGUUUGGGAAUGUGUGUGAUUAUACCAAAGUAUACUUGUAAGGAUUAGUGCAGAUAAAACAAGAUAGUAUGGCUUAUGUUUUGACAAAUUUUUCCCAUUUCUUAACCUUUUUUUUUUAUAUAUAUAUUUCACUGAAAGGAUUAACUGCAUCGUGAUUCAUGGCAAUGGAUUAAAAAAAAAAUAGUGAGUUACAAUCAAAUGUAUAACAUAACUUUUUUGUCAUUGUAAAGUCGUAACUGGCAAACAGUGAUACGAUGAGCAGCUGAAUAAUAUGAGCUUUUUACUUUUAACAUUGCUUAGAAGGUUAAUUUGAUCCAGUUUUCGAUAAACUUUGAUUGCAGGGUUUUUCUACUGUCUGGAUGGUUAUGUAUGUGAAGUUGUGAUGUAGGUAUAUCAUACUGCGUCCAGUAUUUCUUAACAUUAUUGUUUUGUAUGUAUUGUAUUUUAUAAACUGCCAGAAUAUAGCCUUAAGCCCCUGCAGUAUGACCAGUAAAACUAACUGCUUCUAAUAUUUUUAAUUUUUUUAUAGACUCCAAUUACUUAGAAAACUAGGCCAUAGACUACAUUCUAAGAUGUCUUUAACACAUUUUAUUUACAGAAUUUACUGGUAUGUAUAUACCAGGUAUGUGAUACAUAUGCUUUAAUGACACUUAACACAUGGUUCUCUAUGACUAAGAAUGUUUGAAUUGACUUUUGAAUGAAUCGGCAUUGUCAAAACUAAAACUAUGUAUGUAAAAUAUUUGAUUUUUAUAUAGUGGCUAAUAGAAUAAUUAUAUCAAGAGGCCCAAGUACGUAAAAAAAAAAAGGCAGUUUUUGCUUUCAUCCAUAGUUUUCCUAGAAUUUUGUAAAUCCAACUUAUCAAACAGGUAAAAUUUAUAUGUUUACUGACUAUGAUAUUUUUUGUCACAUGUAUGUUUUUAAAUCUGCUUGACUCAUUGGAGAAUAUGUCCCAAGCCCAAGGAGAUGUCUAAAUAUGUUUUUUGUAUCAAAUUGUUUUAAAGCUUAAGUUAUAAAAUCUACUAACAAUUUCUUGAGAAUGUUUUAGAGUAGGCCUAUUUAGGUUAGUUAGGCAUUGGCAUUUAUAGGUAACAGUAUGCAGUAUGAAUAUUUCCUUUGAAUGAGUCUUGGUGUGGGGAAGAUUGAUUUUAAACAAUUUGUCUAUGUCAUGUCCAUGACAUACAGAGAAAACCAGCAAUGGAGUAUGUCCAUAAAAUUGUUUUAAAUGCAGGAUAAAUAUUGUUUUGUGUUCACUAAUUAUAGUAAUUAAAUGCUAGUUUUUUUGUAUUUGCAGGUUGUGUCUAAAAUAGUAAAAAUAGAAAUAAAAACAUUUAGUGCAUAUUAAGAAUGUGUAGAGGCAGCAUAAAUGUCAAUGAAAUAGGUCAGGGAAUGCUUCUGUUCAUUGUGAGAGUCAUCGCAGUGUAAAAAGAUGCAUACUGGAUCCCUGUUAUGUUGGAUGCCAUACCUGUGGUGGUGUUGUAUACUGAGCACAUGAUCAACGGGCAGGUCUCCCGGUUUUUAACUAAACAAAAUAUAAUAAUUGAAUUAUAUUAGUACAGUAGGGUCCUGCUAAUCAGAACCCUGCUCAUUGGACAUCCGGUUAAUCCGGACUGAAUUUAAUCACACAUGUAGGAAAUUGGGCUUUUUACAUUAGUUGCAUUGUUACUCGUUACCUGGCGAUAGAUCACUAUUCCACUAAAAAAAUUAACAUUUUUCACGUUUUUUAAUCAUGUCUCUUCAGCAUAACUAUUCAAUUAAGUUCUAGUAAAAAUUUUAUUUAUGAGGGGGAAGAACAUUGAUUACUUAUAGUUUUGCCCAUCCAAAAUUUGUACUAUGUACUUGCAUUUUAAGGCAAAUUCCAUUUAAUUUGGACUUGCUGUGAUCAGGACUGAGUGCGGUCCCAUCAAGUCUGGAUUAGCGAGGCUCCGCUUUAGCAUGUAUUUAUUUUUUUUACUGUUGUUGCGAUCAACCAAUAAUUUAAGUAUAGAAACUCUUUGUUGUGCAUGUAAUCCAGUUAUCCAAGCAGAGAUCAAAAGUCAGCCAGUGACAGUUUUUUGCUAUUCAAACAUUGAUUUCUUUCCAUAUUUGGAGGUAAAUAAUGUAAAUAUUCCAAUUCCACAAGCCCCGCUUGCCUGGGCUUUUUUACAUUUCUAAUCUUCACAAGUGAACAAGCGCUAAAGUAUAUGAAAGACUUGCUCAUCCAAUAUCCUAUACCUUUAUAACUUCUGUUUAAACCUGUAUUUUUAAAUGUUGAUUGUCAUACUUGUUGUCAUUCUUGACAGAAUCGCAGUCUACUGUGCUAACAAAAUUAGCAAAAGUUUUUAAAGACAUUACAAUUUGUUAUCGUUCAUCAUAUUAUCAACUGCAGACAUUCCAUUAAAUUACAUAGGUUCAUGCCUAGAAAUGCGUGCAUGUUAAGAGCUUUUUAAAAUUUUAAAGACUAGCAUUUUUAUAGCACAUUUCAGCCCAUGUGAUUUUUGUAAGUAUGACUCUAUUUGCACUGCCUCUGAUGGUUCUUUUGCAUAUUUUUCCAUCUAAUUCAGAACCUUUCCUCAUAGUAAAUAUAAGCUAUUUGGCUACACAUUAUACGAAAAAUGUGUUGCUAGCAACAUUGCCAUUGUUCUAGAACACACAUUGCAUCAAAAUAUAUUUAGUUUGGUUUUUGCCAUCUUGAUAACAAUUCUUACAUUCUUUUAAGUUUUUUUUUUGCAAUGGAGGAUGCAAAAUGGUAAAUACACUAGCGUUUGAGUAAAAAAACAUAGUUGCAAUGAAAUAUAUGUUUAAUUUCUUAUUAAUACAUCCAGUUCAAUAAUUUUAAUUAAUUUAUAACUGUGACUAAACCGAGCCUCUUAGAGAAAAUAAGUUUUGCGGUAAUUCUGGCUUUUUGCAAACUAUUCUAAAAUUUCUGUGAAUUUUAUUAGUGGCAAAAUUUAGCAUUUUAUAUAUGUUGACAACAUUUGACAUCUAUUCAUGCACCCCUGGCAUUGUAAGCUUUAGGAUUGUUUUACACUUUGUUCUUGGUUCAUAAACUAUAAAGCAUAUUUUCUUUUAAAGCAACUUAGUAUUGUUUUAUUAUUGUCUAUACUACUGUGAGUUCUAAAUGUUCACUAAUUUUUUUUUCUCCCGUACUUAAAAUUACAGCUAUUAGCCACUACAGAAAAAUCAAAAGUGUUAAUGUUACCUUUUUUUUUAUUUACUAUUAUUUGACCACUGUGGUAUUUAUUCUAUAUUAUAAAAAAUUGUAACUGUUAUAACUCUUCUUUUACGUGUAUAAAAAUAUUUUUAUCUGUCAGGGGAACGAAACACUAUAACUACAAUCUUGAAACUACGUUGAAGAUUGGACAUUGAUAUUCAGUAAUAAACUUCAUGUGAGAUAUUUCAUUCCUUAAAUACGUGUCAUGUAUGAUUUUAUGAAUACAAAGGUAUAGAAUAUAUUUUAGAAUCAAACAUGAGUGAUUUUCAGUCAUAAUAAAAAUUAAGCAAUGUAAUUUUUUUACAGUAGUGAGUGGUGAUAGGUGUGUAUCGUCAAUUGCUUUUCAGGAUAUUAUUUUGUGCUUAUGACAGCUGUAUUAACUUUGUAGGUUUAAAGCUUUAAAAAAACUGGUUUUUAUAACUGAGAUGAUGUAUGAUUAUACUUUAAAACUAAAAUUGAUCUGAAUACCAGGAAUUUUUUCUAUGUAGAGAAUAAAAUUAUAAUAGAUAAAAUUGUUACCUCUUUUAUUUUAGUUUGUAAAUAUAUGCAUUUAUGUUACAUAGUAUAUGUUCAUGAUUACCAGUUUUUUUUUUUGUUAAUUUUAUGUACUAUUCAAUAUUUUUACCCUUGGUAUGAAUAAAAUGUAUGCCACAU